AUGAGAAACCCAUCGUCAUCGUCAUCGUCAUCGUCGUCAAAAGCGGCAGCAGCAGCAGCAGCUGCAGCGACAGCAACUUCAAUACCAACGAAAAUAACAUCGUCGUCGUCGAGCAAGGCGGCGGGGACCAGUGGUGGGAGCAAGACACCGUGUUGUAUCAAGGUGGGUUUGAAGAGAGGGCCGUGGACGCCCGAAGAGGACGAGCUCUUGUCCAAUUACAUCAAUAAAGAAGGUGAGGGCCGAUGGCGGACCCUACCCAAGAGAGCGGGGCUGCUCCGCUGCGGCAAGAGCUGCCGCCUCCGCUGGAUGAACUACCUCCGCCCUUCUGUCAAGCGCGGCCAGAUCGCCCCCGACGAAGAAGAUCUCAUCCUUCGCCUCCAUCGCCUCCUGGGCAACCGGUGGUCUUUGAUAGCUGGGAGGAUCCCAGGGCGUACGGACAAUGAGAUAAAGAACUACUGGAACACGCACCUGAGCAAGAAGCUGAUCAGCCAAGGCAUAGAUCCCAGAACCCACAAGCCUCUAAAUCCAGAUAUUCAUUCCUCGGCUACUGUUGUUGCUGCUGCUGACAUGGACAACAACAUUAACAAAGCAGCAACAGUUUCUUCUUCCAAAACCAAUCGCUUCAGCUCAAACACUAACCCUAGUCCUCCUCCUACUUCUGAGCCUUCUGAGCCUCUGGCUCAUCAUCGGGGGGCAGCUCCCAAUACUAAUGGCAAUAAUGGGAAUAUCGUCACAAAUAUUGCCAACAAGGAAAAUGGGUACCUUGUUGAUGAUCAGGAGCUGGGCACCAUGGUCCAUGGCUAUGCAAACAUGACGACAUCUGAUCACGCUUCUGCAGCGGCAAUGGGAACUUUGAGCUUGAGAAGCAACGGCAGCAAUCAUGGAGGAGCACUACUUGGGGGGAAUGAAGAGGACGAUGAUAUGAAUUGUUGCGCCGACGAUGUCUUCUCUUCGUUCCUGAAUUCAUUAAUCAACGAGGAUCCAUUUGCUGGCCAACACCAUUUGCAACAACAAGUACUACUUCAGAACGGGAAUAAUGCACAUAAUGCAGCUGCUGUUGAUGGUUCGGAUCAUCAUGUUCCUUUGAUUUCUAGUGGUGCUGGUGCAACUGCGCCAUCCACUUUUGGCUGGGAAUCUGCUGUGCUCAUGUCUUCUGCUUUUAUCCAAAACGAUCACCACAGGGUACUCAAUGAUCAAACGGAGUAG